ACACUAAUACUGCAUCAUCUUCAUCAUCUCCUUCAUCUUCCCAUAUUGAGUUCCAUUAAUGGAAAACUCGAAAUCAUAACUCCCAAAAAAAGAUAAAAAACAUUGAAAUCUGGAAAAAAUUCCUGUAAAAAGGAAGAGUUGUUGUGCGGGGAAGAAGAUGGCUUUUACUAUUAUCUCCCAUUUUUUAUUAUUUCCUCACUCUUAUCAUUCCUCCCGCAUCAAAUCUUGCUGCGCCGAUUCUAUCUUCAAGCAAUCGUGCCGUCUUCGAGUUUGUAGAUUCUCGUCUACUCUCCCGAUGCUUCAUCGGAGGAGAGGUGCGCCCCGCGGCACCACGACACGCAUUGCGGCCACAGAGGAUGCGGGAGCCCGUGAAGAAGGACGAGAUAGAGAUGAUCAGAGAGUUGGUCCAGAUCUUGAAACUCUUUUCAGAAGAUUUUGGAAGGUGGCUUCUCCAUAUUGGUCAUCGGAAGAUAAAAUCCAGGCCAGGUUAAAGCUCGCAGCUGUUUUCGCUCUCACCUUGGCAACAACAGGAAUUAGCGUUGGGUUUAAUUUCCUUGGUCGAGACUUCUAUAAUGCCCUUGCUAAUAAGGAUCAAGAACAAUUUACAAAACAACUUCUAUACUACUUGGGAGCCUUUGCAGGAGGGAUUCCGAUCUUUGUCCUGAGAGAUUAUGCAAAAGACACCCUAUCUCUAAGAUGGAGGUCUUGGAUGACAAGCUACUACUUAGAACGCUACCUAAAGAACCGCACAUUUUACAAAAUUCAAUCUCAAUCCAUAAUUGACAACCCCGACCAGCGCAUUGUUGAUGAUCUAAGUUCUUUCACUGGGACGGCUCUUGCAUUUUCAUUGACUGUCUUUAAUGCAGCUGUUGACUUGAUAUCUUUCAGUAACAUAUUGUAUGGAAUCUACCCUCCCUUAUUUGUAGUGCUUAUUGUUUAUUCACUUGGGGGUACUGCUGUUAGUGUUUUUCUUGGAAAGGGUUUAGUCAACUUGAACUUUAUGCAAGAGAAGAAAGAAGCCGAUUUUCGUUAUGCAUUAGUGAGAGUUCGAGAAAAUGCUGAGUCAAUUGCUUUUUAUGGUGGUGAAAAUAAUGAAAAGCAGGUUCUGUUAGACCGUUUCAAGAGGGCUUUUGAAAAUCUCAGUCAACUGUUGAUUUCUUCUCGGAAUCUUGAAUUUUUCACGAGCGGAUACCGGUAUUUGAUUCAGAUUCUUCCAGCUGCUGUAGUUGCCCCUAUGUACUUCUCAGGAAAAAUUGAGUUUGGAGUUAUAAACCAAUCGGUUUCUGCUUUCAAUCAUAUACUAAGCGAUUUCUCUUUGAUCGUAUACCAGUUUCAGUCAUUGAGUGCCUUCUCAGCCAUAAUUGAUCGCCUAGGUGAGUUUGAUGAUGUUCUGGAUGGCCUUUCGAAUGAUUCAAAGAUCAAUGAUUCUGAAGAGAUUAUCCUUCAGUAUUCUGACAUUUGUAUUCCAUCUUCCUCUGACUAUAAUGGCUCUAUACCUAAAUGUGAGUCUAAAAAAUUACUGGAGGUUUCUAAUCUGACAUUACAAACUCCAAGAACUAGAACUAUCCUUAUUAAAGACUUGUCUAUCAUAAUCAAUGAAGGAGAUCACCUACUGAUUACUGGACCAAGUGGAAGUGGAAAGACGUCGUUCUUGAGAGCUCUGGCUGGUCUCUGGACUAGUGGUAGAGGGAAGAUCUCAUUUUAUGUAGAAGACGGUGGUCAUUAUCAAGUAUCUGCCUCAUCAGGAACAAAUUCUUUACCUGAAAAUACAUCAAAAGAUGAGGAUCUGAAAGGCCACGAGUAUGGGAGAGCUGGCCAAGUAUUUUUCCUCCCACAAAGGCCAUAUAUGGCCUUGGGAACACUUCGCCAGCAGUUGCUCUAUCCAAGAUGGAGCGAGAAUUCACUUUUGAGAUCUACCAACUCUGCGCUUAUUGCAUCCAGCUCAAAUCAGAACCAUGACAUGCCUACUGUGGAAGAUCUCAUCCAUGCGCUCAAGCUCGUUUCCCUCGGCGACAUUAUUUCUCGUUUUGAAGGGUUGGAUUCCGUGCAUGAGUGGUCUAGCGUGCUCUCACUCGGCGAGCAGCAGCGUCUUGCAUUCGCCCGCUUAUUACUCGCGAAACCCAAAUUUGUUUUGCUGGAUGAGUCCACAAGUGCUUUAGAUGAAGCCAAUGAGGCUCACCUCUACAGCAAAAUAGAAGCUGCAGGGAUAACAUAUAUCAGCAUUGGACACCGCUCCACACUCCUCAAAUACCAUAAUAAACUUCUCAACAUCUCAAAAUUUGAUGAUAACAAAAUCCAGCAGAACUGGCAACUUAAGCCCAUCGGCGAAGCCGCGAAACCCGAGUCCAUUCCAGCAUCUUAGUCUCAGAACGAACGAUCAAAAACCUAAACCGGCGACGAAUUUGAAAUCCAUUUUUACAGAACCUGAUGAGUCGAAUCAGGAACUAUUUUAUUUUGGCUGGCAAUCAGAAAAGGAAUUAUUACUGCAGUUUUUGGUGAAUUUGCAGCUGAGAAUUAUCACUGCAUGGGCUCAAGAAAAUUGCAAAUUUGCGUUACGCCCAGAAAAUGAUGAUAUUUCUUCAUGUGUUGAUGUUAUAUAUGGUUAGUUUUCUGAAUGUUGUUUAAACAUUAGAUUUGUAUACAUAGGAUUGGUUCUCUUCAACAAAGUUUAGGGUUUUUUGUUA